AUGCCACCCUUCAUCACCCUCGAAGAACACUACCUCUCCCCCAAAGUGCGAGCAGCAAGCACACACGAUGAAUUCGCCAACUUCCCACCUCAAAUCGUCCGCAAGCUAGACAGCACCGGCGAAGAAAGAAUCAAAGACCUAGAUAACGGCCAAAUCACCCUCCAAGUCCUCUCCCACGCCCCAGGCACCUACCCAGCACCGCUCUGCGCAGAAGUAAACAACGACCUAGCCGCCUCGAUCUCCCAAAACCCAACGCGGCUCGCAGGAUUCGCCCUCCUACCAAUGAACGACCCGCCCGCCGCCGCAGCCGAGCUAGAAAGAUGCACGCGGCAGCUCGGGUUCGUCGGCGCCUUGGUGGACAACCAUAUCAACGGCCAGUUCUACGACGACGAGAAGUUCUGGGUGGUAUUCCAGAAGGCAGAGGAGCUAGAUGUGCCCAUCUAUAUCCAUCCGUCGUGGGCGACGGAGGAGAUGGUUGAGUAUUACAAGGGCAAUUAUGACGAUGCUGUUGCUGUGGCGCUGAGUGCGUAUGGAUGGGGAUGGCAUUCCGAGACGGCGGGACAUGUCCUGCGACUGUAUGCAAGUGGGCUUUUUGAUCGGUUUCCGCGGCUGAAGAUUGUUAUUGGGCAUAUGGGUGAGAUGCUGCCGUUUCAGUUGGAGAGGGUGAUUAAUGUUUCUGCGCGGUUUGGAAGGCAGAGGUCGUUUAAGGAGGUUUGGGAUGGUAAUAUUUGGGUUACGACUAGUGGGAUGUUUGCGCUGCCGCCUUUGGCUUGUUUGUUGCAGACUACUAGUAUUGAGCGGGUUUUGUAUAGUGUUGAUUAUCCUUUCUCGAUGAAUGAGAAGGGGUUGGAGUUUUUUGAGAGGGUCAAGGAAAGUGGAUUGAUUGCUGGGGAUGAUUUGGAGAAGUUUGCUUUUAGGAAUGCUGAGGCUUUGCUAGGUGUGAAGGCUCAGAGGUGA